AUGAUGGCACUCUGGGUUUUUGUUUUUAUAAUCCUGGUGUCUUCUGUCCUGGUAGCUCUGUAUGCGCUGGGGGCCUUGCGGCAGAGAAGAGCCAAAGAGCCCCCUUUGGACAAAGGUCCCAUCCCCUGGUUUGGUUAUACCUGGCACUUAUCUAAGGAUGCUUCCAGUUUCUUGAAGAAGAUGCAAGGGCGUUAUGGGAACAUCUUCACUCUUCAGGUUGGUGGUAGGUAUAUCACCUUUGUCACAGACCCCCUCUCUUUUGAUGCUGUCCUGAAGGAGAACAAGAGCAAACUGGACUUUUCCAACUUUGCUUCUCAAUUGGUGUUCAAAAUCUUUAAGUUCCGAGGACCAAAAGAUCACGAAAAGGCACUUAAAAGCCACAGCACAAAGUACUUGAUGGGUAGCAAUUUAACUAUGAUGACUCAGGCCAUGAUGGAUAAUCUACAGGUCCUGUUGCAAGAACUUGAUGCUGGUGUGAAAUCUGGACUCCAGGAGUGGAAGCAGGAUGGGCUAUAUAAACACUGCCACAACAUUGUCUUUAGAGCUGGAUACCUGACUUUGUUUGGGAAGUUACCCACUAGUGGCAAAUCAGAACACAUUCAGGACUUGCUCAGGUCCCAGAAAGUCUUUGAGGAAUUCAGGAAAUUUGACAGACUCUUUCCUCGGGCAUUUUUAUCUGCACUUCAUCCCAAGGAGAGGCAAGAAAUGAAGAGGCUGAGACACUUCUUCUGGGACAUUCUCUCUCCACAGCAGAUCCUGGAGAUGGAUAAUGUGAGUACAUGGAUCUAUUUCUCUCAGCAACAUCUAGCUGACAGUGGAGUGUCUGACAUAGGACAGAGUCAAAAUAAUCUGGUACUACUCUGGGCUUCCCAGGGCAACACAGGUGUUGUGGCCUUCUGGGCUCUCCUCUUCCUCCUGAAGAAUCCCAAAGCUCUGAAGGCUGUAAGAGAGGAGGCAGAAGGAAUCCUCAGGAAAAUGGGGAAGGAGAAGAGAUCAGCUGGGGUACCUGUCAAUGUUGAAUAUAGCAUGCUGCAACAGACCCCAGUGCUGGAUAGUGUCAUGGAGGAGACAUUACGCAUGGUGGUUGCCCCUUUCCUGACCAGAUCUGUCAUGCAGGACAUGACCUUGAAAAUGGAUGAUGGCAGGGAGUAUGCCCUCCGCAAGGGAGAUGAAAUUUCCAUCUUCCCCUACCUUUUCCUCCAUAUGGACCCAGAAAUCCACCCAGACCCCACCACAUUCAAAUAUGACCGUUUCCUGAACCCUGAUGGCAGCCCAAAGGUAGAUUUCUACAAGCAAGGGAAGAGGAUCAAAUCUCACAUACUGCCAUGGGGUGCUGGCACCUCCCUCUGUCCUGGAAGAUUCUUUGCCCUCAAUGAGAUGAAGAUGUUUGUCUUCUUGAUGGUCGUGCAAUAUGAUAUAGAGUUAGUUGACCAAGAAGUAGAGAUCCCUCCAAUAGAUGUGAAGCGAUGGGGAAUCGGUGCCAUGCAGCCAAUAUAUGAUGUCCCGUUCCGAUAUCGGAUGCGCUUCUAG